AUGGGAUGUAAAUAUCCAUUUUUACAUUGGCGUCGUCUUUGUUAUAAUGAUGCUUGGUGUAAAUGUGAUGCACGUCGUUUAACCAAAGGAUGGACUAGCGGUCACCUCGGUUUAGAUAAAUUUAUUAAAGAAACUCAAAGAAGUACUCGUGAAUGGAUGGAUCCUUAUUUGGUCUGGAUUCCUUAUGAACAAUUAAGUAAUAUUAAAGAAAUCGGUGAAGGUGGUUUCUCUAUUACUUAUUCGGCUGAAUGGUGUGAUAUGGCAAAACGAUUUUCUUGGGCUGCAACAGAUAAACCUAGACCGGUAGCGUUGAGACUUAUUAAAAAUUCGAAAGAUAUGUCAACAAGUUUUCUCGAUGAGUUGCGAGUAUAUCAUCAAUGUAUUUCAAACCCUCCAAUGUUUGAUGGAGAAGUAAAAUAUGAUCAUGGUUUUCUUCGUUUCUUUGGAUUUACUCAACAUCCCGAAACUGAAGAUUACUUAAUGGUUACUGAAUUAGCACCAUGUCCUCGAGAUCUUUUAUAUAUGUUUAAUCAUUGGUGGGAUAUUACUCAAGAUCCUGAAAUACUUGAUGAUAUAUUUUCUAAUGCGGAUAAAUUUAUUCCAGCAUUGGAUAAUAAUUUUACUAAGCACCCUGAAGCAAUAUACACAAGUAGAUUAAUUAAUUUUAAAAGAUUAUUAAACAAAGGAAAAGAAGAUAAUAAUAAAGAAAACUAG